UUUUCUCGCCCGCUCGCGUCGGUCUUUUCUUUGUUCGCAUCUCCGCAUUUUCCCAGUAUCUCGGUAUCUCAGCAGUGGUCUCAGUGUCUCAAUGUGCCUCCAGUGCCGACAGUUUUCCACCGAAAAAUUGUCAAAAUAAUACAGGAAAAAACGGCGGAAAAGAAGGCAAUACAUGUAAUAAAUAAAAAAACCAGCCAAGAAAAGUCAACCGUGAAAAUAUAAAUAUAAAUUCCUGGCGUCAACUGUCAGCGACAGCGGCAUUUUCCAGCACAAUGUUGUUUCUGGGCAUUCGGCGGCGAUUUUAGUGGGGGAACUGAGUUUUGCGCUUGGCUUGCGAAAGUAGAGAUGGCCCCAAAUGGAUUCGGUCGGACACUGGCGGCGGCAGCUGCCUAGAAAUCCUGGAGAGCUCGCAACCGAUACGGAAGCCACAGAAACCGAAACCAAAACCGAAAGAGAGACCGAAAGCGAGACCCCAGACUCGAAAAUAAUGUGCUGCCGGAGUGGGCACCAUUGAAGUUGACAACACUUCGGUGCAGCGGUGGAGCUAAGAGCACAGGGUUAAAAGCAGGAAUUUCUUUCGGGGUGGGGGGAGCCGGAGGAGUACAAUGGUCAUCCAGUGCACAUGUGAUUGCAACUGCAGUGAUAGUAGAGAUAACCGGAGCGUUAUAUCCUGCCUGCUCCCGGGUCGCAGUCAGCCGUACAAGUUGGGCUCCACGUUCGCUGGCGAUGAUAUGGAGCAGCGGAUACCGUACUACCGCCGCCUAUCGAAUACCUCAUCGGCGCUCUAUGGCAGUUGUCCCCAGUUGUUGCCCAGCAGCAGUAGCACCACCAACAACAACAACAACAACCGUCAUUCCUGGCUGAGAAUCCCCAAGAAUCCGCACGAGAAUCCCGAAGCGAAUCCCUCAGAGAAUCCCUCAGAGCAGCCACGUCAGUACUCUAGUCUGGUGAGGCCCAAGCAACGCAGUCCCGUGCUGUGCAACAAAUCCUGGUGGGUCUCAUGUCCACGGCUCUCGUAUUUACCCGCUGAGCAAACGAAAAUGCAGUCCACGGCCACGCCCACACGUCACUGCCACGGAGGCGUUGGCACCCAAACCGCCCAUCCCCAAGCCACCAGCACACCACCCACCUUGCCCAGAUUCCCGAGCAAACGGCAUUGUGACAAUUUCGGCAGCUAUGCCACAUUGCCCACCAUUGAGCACCAGAUGACCAUGCCCAUGAUGCCCCACUGCAGUCGACACGGUGGUGGUGGCGUCGGUGGUGUAGUGGGUGGUGCAGUGGGUUCUGGCAUGGCUGGUGUAAUGCCCGCCCCACCGCCGCCCCGCUACGCAAACCCCAAUUUAAAUGGCUGCUGUUAUAUGUACAAUCCCAUGCCACCCGCCCAUCAGAGCCACCAUCAGCAUGACCACCAUCAUGCGCAGCACCACCCGGUGGCCCAGCACCAGCACCAGCACCACCCCCACCAGUAUGCGCCGCAAUAUUGCCUCUGCGAUAAUUGGUACCAUCAGCCACCGCCGACGCAGCAACAGCAACAGCAGCAGCACCACCAACAAAGGGCCAAGAACGUGUUGGCCAACGGUGGCUGCUAUUUUGGCUACGAGGCGAAUCAUCAUCCCAGUCUGCAUGCCACGCCCCCACAUCCCAGCCACAUAACCGACGAGGAGGAUUCGGCAUUUCCCGGACUGGCCGAUCGAGAGUUCCACCUGCUGCACCGGAACAUUCCGGCACUGCGACGAACCGGCGUGGAUACCACACGCAUCAGACAGUACUUCUAUCCCGACGGCGGCUGGGGCUGGAUCAUCUGCGGAGUGUCCUUUCUGGUCCACAUCCUGACCACCGGACUGCAGCUCAGCUACGGCCUUUUGUGGUUCUAUGCCGUCCAGUAUUUGCAUAAUACCAGUGGCAUAGAACUGCUGGGCGCUUUGAGCUGGUCAGUAUCCAUGGUGGCCACAUCGUUUGUGGUGUCGCUGUGCCGCAAACGCUCCAUCCGCCUGCUGUCCAUCGUGGGUGGACUGGUGAUGCCCCUGGGCAUAUUGUUCACCUCAUUUGCCACGGAAUUUGGCCAGGUUGUUUUCAGUUAUGGCAUCGUCUUCGGAGUGGGGGUCGCCAUGGUGCGGGAGGCCUCAACCGUGAUGCUGGGCAAUUACUUUAAGCGGCGCCGUCAAUUCGUCGAAAUGGUGGCCAUGUCCGGCGAGGGAGUUGGCAUCGCUUUGUUCUCCGUCAUUUUGAAGGAGGGCGUGGGCAAGGCGGGCUGGCGCCUGGGCCUCCAGAUUGUCGCUGCUUUGACGGCACUCAGCUUUUUCAUGGGCCUAAUGUACCGACCCGCCUCCCUCUAUCAUCCCCAGCGCCGCGCCAUCCAGCAUCUCAAAAAUCAACGCAAAAAGAUGCGGGAGAAGAAGCCGAUUCUCAGCCAGGAGGUGGAGAGCACACCGAAGUACUUUUUUCUGGACAUAUCAUCACUGAAAUCGGUGACUGUUAAAAUUUUACUUAUGACCUCCAGCGUGGCCUCCUUUGGCAUUUAUACACCCAUGUUCCUAAUGGCACUCAAUGCCGCCGAGCAGGGCUCUGAUGUGCAAGAAUUGGUUCUGCUGCAGACAUUUCUGGGAAUUUCCAUGGCCCUGGGAGUGGUGAUAGCUGGAGCUCUGCUGAGACGUUGUUUUGUGAUCAGGCACUUUGUGAUCAAUACCAAGAUUGUCACGCAGCUGUUCCUAUCAAUUGUGGCCUUGGCUAUCCUCUUUCUAUCCUUUGUCAUGGGCUACACGGGCCUUUGUAUACUAAGCUGGUUGUAUGGCAUUGGCCUGGGCGGCUUUCAAUACUCCCUAAAGAUUUUGGCACUCGAACGCAUCAAGCUGAAACAUUUCUCCAAAGCCUGGGGCUUCAUUCGGGGUGUUGAGUCAGUUCCUGUGCUGAUAAGCGUGCCACUUACCUCGUUUCUGAAUGAUUACUCCCUGAAAUAUGGUCGGGCGGGCUAUUACAUAUGCUCGGCGGCGGCUGCCAUCUCGGGUAUUAUCAUAUUUUUCAUCAGCGAGCCGCAGCAGCAGCACCACCAAAACCACCAGCACCACCAGCAGCAGCAGCAGCAACAGUUGCACCAUCAUUAUCAGCAGCGAAAUGGUCAUUUGGCGACUCCAACGCUGAUGCGCCACUCCUCCGCCCGCCAGCAUCGCCCCCAUUUACCGAUGGACUAUGGAUAUGGGGAGUACCCCGCCCCCGAUCUCCUCAGUCGCAGCUGCAUUAGUCUCAAUCAAAUGGAGCCCUAUCUGCAGACAAACUUCUGCCAAAGGCACAUGUUGCAGCAGCAACAGCAGCAGCAGCAGCAACAUUCCCACCUGCAGCAGUUGGCCUGUCACAAUCUAGAUUUGCAGCAGCAUCAGGGGCGUGGAGCCUACCAGCUGGGCCAGGGGAGCAUUGGGGCCAAGAUGGGCAAGCGCCUGCAGCGAAGUCUGUCCUUCAUCCAGCAGCACAGCAACUGCUGCGAUGGCCAAAUGUACUGCAGUUGGCACAGCACCUACGAGCUGGGCUGUCACAAGAGCAACAAGAACCAGCCGGGAUCGGCAGACCGUCAGCCAUUGAUAUGCACCUGCAGCAGUCCGAAUCGGAAUCCGGUCACCUAUGGCACUCACGGCCCAACCGGACCACCUGGACCACCCGGACCACCCAGCUCCACCCGCAGCCGCAGUGUUCCAGAGGGUUUAUCCACGAUGUCGCAGCAGUGUAACUGUCGUCAGGGUCCUGCCUCUGUUCCGGCGCCCACGCGGGAGUUCAUCUACGUGCCGCACGCCUACGCCUCCCUGCAAAGGACUCCCCAUCGCCAUAGCCAGGGUGCGGGGUCGGGAAACUCGGCGUUGCGAAACAAUCCACAAUGCCGGCUGAAACGAUCCCAAUCCCUGUGCCGACCCAAUGCCGUUCAGUUCGUGGAGCAAAUCACCACGUCCGUGUAAGAAUACGCUAUGUGGCAAUAGCACUCGCAGAAAAAGUUGGAGAAAACUCUUGUCUUUCAAAAAUACUAGAAACCUAUGUAUUUCAAAAAAAAAAGGUAUCUUAUGAUUAUAUAAUUCGGGUUUCCAGCUAUAUCUCGAGAGGUUUAUAAACACCUAAAAUUAUAUCUUUAAGUAUGCUUUACAGAAAGGUUG